AUAUCUCUCAUGUGGCAUGUUUUAAAGAGCUCCAAGUCAGGGAUAUUUUGGAAAAGAACCCAAUAGGGAACAUAUAACCUGGACAGUGCAGUAGAAGGUGUUUGUUCAGCACAAGCCAGGCCAAACCGCACAGACGCACUCUUUCAAAUCAAAGACCACUUGCCGUCUGUUGUUGGAGACGUUCACAUGCAACCUGAUUUCAAGGUCUUUAGCAAUAACCAACGUUGCAAUGUUUCUGAGACGCUGCGCUGAGAUCACUCAUGUUGCCUUUAAUUCAUAUUCGUCGUCUUGUGCGUCUGUGGGUGAAGAUAAAAAGGAGGCAAAGCUUUGAAACUCUAGCCGCAAGACGCCCUCUACCAAUAUUGUCGAACAAGACCAAGAGCGAGAACUAAGAAUCUGAGACGGGGAAAGAAACAGGUUGAGACCCGGCCUCCAGCCCUCCAUUCCUGUUAAAAAGAGACAGGGUGGAGGUCUUACUUUAAAGCCACAUGAACCAAGAAACACCAUAAACACUACAACCACAAAGACAUGUCAGGACGGUUGAGCAGCGGGGAUCGACUAAAUCAAUGGAGCUGAAGUUGAGACCUUCUCAUCCUCUCCUCCGGUCUCAGCCAUCAGUACCGCUUUUUCAGUCGGCCUUUGACUUGGACUGAGGCGCAGGCCUACUGCAGACAGGCGCACGCAGACCUGGCCACCGUAGAGAACUCCGAAGACCUGAACCUGCUCAUGAACACACUCCAGUCCGCCGGCUACGGCUCUGACGUCUGGAUUGGUUUGUACAGCGAGAUCAACUGGCAGUGGUCCGACGCCUAUAAUGGGGCCGGGGCUGACUACAGGCACUGGAGGAGCGACUUAAAUGAACCGGAGUUCCAGAGCGCCAUGCAAUUCUGCGUGAGAUCUGGGAGCGGAGGAAACUGGUGGGAUGACGAUUGUGCGUUAAACCUUCCGUUUAUGUGUUACAGCGGAACACCGGAGUCGGCCAAAUUUUCUCUUCAAAAUGAGCAAAGGAACUGGUCCAGCGCUCAGAGCUUCUGCAGAGAGAACUAUGUGGACCUGGCAACCGUGAAAACAGAUGCAGAAAACCAGAUACUGGAUAACAAAAUAGUUUCUUCAGCCUGGAUUGGUCUGUACAGAGAUCCAAACCUGUUCUGGUCUGACGGGAGCGACUUUCUCUUCAGCAACUGGGACUCUGUCAUUAAUCCAAUUGGCUCCAUGCCAGUCAUAUGCGGCGCUACGUCUUCUGGGCGAUUGGGGAAAUGGAAAUUUUUGUCCUGUGAAACUAAAUUACCAUUUGUCUGCCACAGUGCUCCAGGACAGACUGCAGCAGAGUGGAGUGAGUGGAGCCACCUUGAAGUGGAGCGAGCGAACUGAUGGAGGAGUCUUCCAGAGGGGACAAUGAGAUCGAAAAUAUAAUCCCAUAUUCAUUUAUGAUAGUUCAUUUUUACCAUGUGCCUAAAUAUUCCAUAAAUAAAACCGCUGCAUGCUGCCUCUACCAGCAUGUCGUCCUCCACACAUUGAAAUGUGCAGAGCUUUGUCAUGUGACGUUUCAAACCUCCACAUCACUCAGGGAGCCUGAGGGUAGAGUUCACAAAAAAUGUAAUCGAGUUAGAGUAGCACUACUUUGGCAUGGUUGUAGUGAUAGUUUAUAACAAAAUUACUCAAAUAAAAUGUAUGGUUAAGAGUAAAACUAUUCAUAAAAGUCAUUUUUUUCCCCUAGGAGUUAUUCAUGUAAAUGUAACAAGUUGCUUCCCUCCUCUGGUCCUCCCAUGUUUUCACACACGACUUCCAUGUGCUGUGAAAAAAAAAAAAAACAUAAUUUAUCAGACAAAGCCAUUUUUUUUUCAUUGUUUCCAAGUCCAGCAUUGAUGUUCAUGUGCCCAUUGUUGGUGUUUGGGGUCAGCAUGUUUUCCCCUGACUGAUCUGGAGGUUUGAAACAACGGAUGACAAAAAAAUAAACUACGAUGCUCUGGUCAAAAACCAGCAGCUCCUUCAGUAAUUUGACCUGAAGCAGGUCAUCAGUGGUCACCCCACGGUUAACCCCUGACCCAUGACUCUUUUGCAAGUUCACUAAAACUCACAUUCCUUGACCGUUAUAGACC